UAGAUUUUCCAGUCGUCCCUGACACUUGAGCAUUUCUCUCUCUUUUAAUUUAAUUCUCUUCGUUCCCUUCUGCUAGUGGUAUAUUGUCCAAAAUAGAAAUAAAUAAAUAAUAGGAAAAAAAUAAUUAAAAAAAAAAAAGCAGCAGCAGCUGUAUCUGCACCUCUCGCGAUACUGCUGCCAUCUUCUCAUUCACUUUGAGAUCGUCGCUCGACUGUGACACUGAAUCGCUUCCUUGUGAUUGUCUCUCUCUCUCUAUAUUCACUUAUCUAAUCUCGGUCAUUUGUUUUCGCGGAAGAAAGGUAUUAAGGGAAGAAUUUGGAUAUGUCCGCGCUCUUCAAUUUCCACUCUUUUCUUACGGUAGUGCUGCUGGGGAUUUGUACUUGCACUUAUGUAAAGAUGCAUUUUCCAGCUCUUCUUGAACAGAGGACUGGGUUUCGGGGCUUCUUUUGGAAGGCUGCCAGAAUAGGUGAGCGCUUGAGCCCUUGGGUAGCAGUUGGAUGCUUCAUGAUGGGAGUAUCAAUAAUAUUCUUCUGACACAGAAAUGAUUGCUUACUCCAAAGUGAUCGUAGAGCAGUCUCACCCUUCAGAAUUAGUAUUCUUAAAUGCUUUGUACUAUUGAAUUUUUGAGAAAUUCUGUAUUUCCUUUCGUACAGGUGUGAAGUCUUUGUUUCUCAAAUUUGUUUGUUAAUGUGAUAGGAGUUGAUUGUUUACUCGCUAUAUUCUGAGGCUAAAGAAAAUUUUAUAUUCCUUCUCAUGUUA